CCCAACUGUAAACCAAAAACAAACAUACCAUAAAUGGCAACAACAAACUUUCAAUCCUCUUUCUUGAUCAACUUCUUCCUUCUCUCACAAUGCUUAUUCGUUCUCGGUGCCACCGCUCAGGACUUCGAUUUCUUCUACUUCGUUCAACAGUGGCCAGGAUCAUACUGUGACACCAAGCAGAGCUGUUGCUACCCCACAACAGGAAAGCCAGCCUCAGAUUUUGGGAUUCAUGGACUGUGGCCUAAUUACAAUGAUGGCACUUAUCCUUCAAACUGUGAUUCCAGCAACCCUUAUGUUCAAUCCAAGGUCUCGGACUUAAUGAGCGGAAUGCAACAGAGCUGGCCCACCCUAGCCUGCCCAAGCGGGAGCGGAUACUCGUUCUGGUCACACGAAUGGGAGAAACACGGCACAUGUUCGGAGUCGAUUCUCGACCAACACGGAUACUUCAAGGCGGCGUUAAACCUGAAGAGCCGAGUCAACUUGCUGCAGAUUCUUCAGGCCGCCGGAAUCCACCCGGACGGGAGCUUCUACAGCCUGAGCAGCAUCAAGAACGCCGUGGAGAGCGGAAUCGGAUACGCGCCGGGAAUCGAAUGCAACGCCGAUGCCGAGGGGAAUAGCCAGCUUUACCAGAUUUACAUCUGCGUUGAUUCCUCCGGGUCGGAGUUGAUCCAGUGCCCGGUUUUUCCUCAGGGGAAAUGUGCUUCCAGCGUUGAAUUCCCUGUGUUUUAGUCAUCGUCUUCAUGGACUGACCGGACAGGAAAUGUUUAAAUAUAAUAUGAUGUUUCUUUUACUA